CAGUAACGUCGCGUCGAUGACUAGUGGAUAUUUAUUAUAUUUAUUUGUGCUUCGAGCAACCAGUUACCAAGUUUCUUUUCAUAUUGUAACGAUUUUGAAGUACCAUUAUCCCCACUAAUACGUGCUGUGUGUCUACCCAACAACGAAGUAAGUUAUAACAACUAUUAUCAUUUCCUAUUUAGAGUACGCGCAGUUAAGUCAAGUUCAAGAGCGAAAGACGAACACGUAUAAAUUCCUGCAGCAGACACAUCAAAGCGACGACGACCACAUCAGUCUUAUGGCAUACUUUACUAGAAAAUAACAUCGCAUCCUUCGUGUAGUGUUGCUGCUCCUCCGACGCCGACCAUCGACCGAUUCGAAUUCAAGUUCCUGAGUGAGAGACUUCAAAAGUGAACAAUUUUCAAAUUCAAGUUUUUCGAAAAGAGCAAUUCAAAGAAAACAUGAAUUAAGUGAUAAUUAAUGAACAGUAUUGUGUCGCAUUUAGUAAUCAUAUACGGAUAGAUAUAUUAACAUAUAUAUAACAAAAAUCUUCAAGAACAAAUUUCACGAUGGGAAAAGCGUGCAGGCAGUGUUUAUUAAUCACGACGAUCGUGUUAACGUUUACAUCGACGUACGGUAAAUUGUCGUCGAAAUGCGAGGGUACCAAAGGGCUCAAGUACGUUUGGGGAGAUGCCAUGACGGAUUCUCCGGAUUGCUUUGGACCCAACAACAUGCAGUAUCCUUCGGCGGCUAUUGCGAGGACUUUUAGGAAUUCGGGAGUGUGGACUGGAUCCUCGAGGACCGGAAGGGCAAAAAGCACGAUCGAUCCGGAAUUGACGAAACGGGCGCUUCUUGCAGCGCACGAAAGAAAUUUAGGAGAACUACAAACCCCAAUUACAUCUAGAUCAGGUAGAGCAGCAAGCAGCUCGGCUUCGGUGCCGACAUGCACUUCGACACCAUCCCGACUGUGUAAGACAAGGUACAACACGACUGCACCUAUGUACGGAGUUUCCCUGACUUCGGGACAACCUGUGACCAUAGUACAAAAGUUCCCUGACCUACUGCAACAAGUGGUCUUCGAGGUAUGUGAAAGCAACGAAUGCGAUGUCGUCAGAGGUGAAUGCACUCAAACGUACGUCCCGUAUCUCUUCCUGGUGAUUCCUCUGGGUCCCGUGACACUUACGGGUCAGGAUUACGUCCUUGUAGAAAGUGGAUGCGUCUGCAGACCCAAGUAUGCAGCAGUUUCGAACAACGAGGCGAGCGCAAUGUCCGCCAUACCUAGAUUAUAAAUAUUUCGAAUCGGAAUCGAACGUCCGUCCGCAUUGGCAAAAGUUAUUUCGAAAAUCCGUAUAUUGUACAUAGCUCUAAUGUGUACUUAAAAUAGGGUACAGCAAGUAAAACAGUACCUUCGUUUAAUUACAUUCGCUCCGGUUUCGCUUUUCAAAAAAAAAAA